AUGAAAGUAGCGCGGAAAAUUUCAUCUAGCUUGCAAGAAGAACCGAAGAAAAAGAAGAAAUGCAAAGCUAGAAAUCUUCCCGACGACUUCCACGCGCGACAUCCAAGACGUAAAAUUGCUUUUGCCUUUUACUAUUAUGGGUGGGAAUACGAUGGAUUGGUUCAGCAAAACAACACGGAUAACACCGUAGAAAAGUAUCUAAUGGAUGCAUUGUUGAAGACAAAGUUGGUUGAAGAAUGGAGCACUUGCGAAUUCACUCGAUGUGGUCGGACCGACAAGCGUGUCUCUGCGUUUCGACAAGUUGCUGCUUGCGUUGUCAGGUCUUCGAAUCCUAAUGGAGAAGGGGUGUUUUGGACUGAUGAGACUUCAAAUUCAACGAUUGAGUCAUACAAAUCAACACAAGAAUUGCCCUAUGUAAAGAUGUUGAAUGGGUGCUUGCCUCAGUCGAUAAGAGUUAUGUGUUGGGCCCCAGUUGCACAAAGCUUUAAUGCUCGUCAUUCGUGUACCAAAAGGACGUAUAAAUAUUCCAUGCCAAGAUCUAAUCUGGAUUUCGAGUCGAUGCGCUCAGCUGGGAGCUUACUUGUCGGAGAACACGAUUUUCGCAAUUUUUGUCAAAUCGAUAUGAACGCGGAUAGAGUAGCAAUGUCAUACGUUCGAACAAUUUAUCGCGUCGAAUUAGAAAUAAUUGGUGAUUCGACAGAUAAGCUUUCACUAAUCGAAUUGACAAUUGAUGGUAGUGGGUUUCUAUGGCAUAUGAUUCGUUAUAUUGUGACGGUUCUGCACGAAGUUGGAUGCGGGCACGAAAAACCAGAGGUUAUCAGUUCACUAUUGGAUGUCACGAGUAACCCGGCGAGACCGCAAUAUGGAUUGGCUGCAGAUUCACCGCUAUGCCUUUUCGAUUGUGCUUAUGAUAAAGAUCACCUAAAUUGGAUUUAUGAUGAACAGCAAAGCCAGCGAAAUCUUUUUUCUCUUCAAAAGGAGUGGGCAACGCUACGAACAAAAGCUAGAAUGCUAGAAAAUAUGAUGGAAAAGGUGGCGAACGAAGAAUUUUCUAUCGAAGAAGAGACAACAAGUCGGGGAUUAAAUGAAUUCACUCAGGCCCAUCCAUGGCAGAAAAACUACACUCCAAUCAUGAAGUUACAGAAAUGUGCUAGAACCUUAAUGUCAAAAAACUUGAUCACUGGAUAUUUUGGUAAUUCGGUGUCUGCGUCACCUACUCUGUCCAAGCCCCUUUUCAGUGUUAAAAAAAGAAAGCAAGCUUUAAAAACGUCCUUCGCCAGGGUUGGAAAUGACUCCCGUCAACUCGUGCUUGAUGCCGGACAAAAAGAAAUUGGACUAACACAGUGUCACACGUGUGGAAUGGCCUAUUCGAUUGAUCGUCCCAAAGAUGUUCGCGCACACCAAUUAUUUCACGACCAAGCCAACGUAGUAUUGCUCUCACCUCGAUUUUCUAUAGAUAAGGCAAAGCGAAUCACAAAACACUGGUUUGUUGCUGGAAUUCACAUAAUUUACAUCAACAAGUCUGUGAAAGAUUUACGAGGCCCUUUCGAGGAUAUCGUUGAGAAUUUUGCGAACAAAGAAGUUGGCUUUUGCGAGAGCUUGACGGUAUGGGGCGAUGAGGUCGGAAGAUUUGGUUGUAUGGCGAUUCAAGCACGAGAAAAUGGAACACAGUUCAAAGUAUUAGGAAUCGGUAUAUUUGACUUGUUAGAAGAAGCGUUUUGGGAGACAACGGGAACCUCACACAGCAGUAUGAAACUUCUCGGUGUGAAUAGAAUCUGGGUGCACAAGCAUGAACGCGGGAAAGGCAUCGCUUCAACGUUACUUGGGACUGCGAGACGAUGGGCGAUUCAUGGGAUGACAUUUGAAAGAAAUCAAAUCGCUUUCUCCGAACCAACCGAUAAUGGAAGAGCUUUGGCACAAAAAUACUGCAGGUUUUCUGACGACGAUAUUUUAAUAUAUCAACUGAAGAAAAACCUCUUUCAGUGUUUGUUGAUGUCCGAUUCGAUUCCGCCGCCAAAACCGCCGCGGGGGGUUUUCGCGGAAGUGCAAGAAAAGAUCGAAGUAUUUCGAUUCAAGGAUGAGGCAAAUAUUAGCGAAAGCAAGGAGGCAAAAAGUGCCAAGAAAAGUCAAUUUUCUAGCACUGACUUGAUGAUGCGAAUCGUAAACGACUUUCGGGAGCAAAUCAGGGAAAGUAACGAUGACUCUUUUACAAGCGAGCAAGCAAUUGUCCAGAUACUCAAAUAUCUCGACGAUCACAAGGAGGAUUUUCCAAAUUCGAAUCGAGACAGAGAGAGCGCAAUGAAUUUGCUAAAUUUGUUGAUGCGUAUGAACGUGUUCUCGUGCUCCGAGGGAUUAUCUAGCUUUGUCGAUUCAAAGAAAUGCCACUACACGCUGUUACCUGUAGAGAACUUCAACGUGCUUGGAAGGCAAGCACCACCAUUUCCGAUGAUGCCAACACCCGCUCAAGCUCGCACACCAUCAGUAUCACCAUCUCGGGGCAGAAAAGCAUCAUUUAAAGGGUUUUUCCGAGGAGGGAUUCAAUGGGGAUCGAAGUCUAAAGACAAGAGUGAGAGGGAUAACGUUUCGGAAGUAACCUUUUCAUCGGAAGAAAACAUUUCAACUGUUGACGCGCUGUACUACAAAGUUGCUCUCAAUCGUCUCCUUUUACUUGUCGAAGUUGAGAAUCUAGAGGGUAUAGCAAAUCCAAAUGAAAGUGACAACAAGACAGAAGAUAAUGUCUCCUAUUUGACGUCGAUUCUUUCCAAGAUGGGCUUUGCUGCAUCGAGAUCUUUCCGAAAACCACGAAAUCUGUUCGCAGAGGAAGAAACGGAUGAAUGCAUUAGCCAGAAUAUGAUCGCCAAAAAUCAUUUGCUGGCUUUUUUCAACACGGCUAGAAUUUUGGUGCCAUCGAUUCAUCUCAAGAGAGAACUUCCCAACAACCCAAUUGAAGAAUGCUCCCUUUGGACUUCUCAAUGUCUUCACGCUAUUUGCACCUGGUUGAACGAUCUUACACAUGGUGGACAAAAUCCGUUAAUCCCUGUUGAGUUUGCUGGCGUUUGCAAGGCCGUAAUUGAUCAAGUUCUUCUUGAUGAUCGUCGUUGGAAGCACGAACAAAAAUGUUUGCAAUAUCUAGUCAUAAUGAUUCCAGCAGUCAUGAGAAAGCAUCUUAUCGCUAUGAUACAUUGGUUAUCUGCUACGCGCGGAACGCGAGCUCAUUGCAUUCUUGGGCAAUUUAAUCAACGAGCACCUCCACUUGCCAAUAAACGCGUGGCUUUUUGUGAUAAUGCUGAGAUCGCUCUGCAACGUGUAACAAAUUUCAUUCUGCCUGCUGAACUCGGAACCUACAAACAACAUAUACUUAUCAAAGCCUUUGUUGCUUUAUUCAACGACAAUUUGAUGGGGGUGGUGCCGCGGGAAAUUGAGGAAACUGUUGCAAAUCAAGAGCUUAAUGCCGAAUUAGAGGAUGCUCCUGUAGUGCAAUUCUGUCAAGUUCAAUCACAGCAACACGAUGAUUGCACCCAAAAGGAACUUGUUAAGAUGAUGCACACAUUGCUCGAAUCACCUGCAUUGACGGCUCAAGAGAAACAUCAAAAACUUAAAGCAUUUCAACAAAGUUAUGCGUUACUAAAGAUGGCUUUGGUUCCGGAUCAAUAUUGGAAAACUUUGUUGAUGGAGGCGACAGCAAUGUCAUCAGGAGAAACAGCUUCACAAAUUAAGCCGAUGUCGGAUGAGGAUCGCAAAUGGUUGGAGCAAGUGAUGGCGGGAAUUGUGGAUGAAACGGAUAUUGGUCGACGUCUCGAACGAGCACUCAAAGGACUGAAAAUGCUUGCUGCAAAAAGUGAAUUGAGUGAAGAAGACGAGGAGAAAAUUGAGGAAUUGGCCCUUCAACUCGAGGAUCUCAUUCAAUUUGCCGAUUUGACGACCUAUUUUAUUCGCGAGCAAGGACUCGAGGUUAUCGAAAGAUUCUUGCAUUACAAAAAUUCGACAGCAAUUCAACUUCUGUUUGCGCAAAUGAUUUUGACGUUUGCUGAGAAUAAUCCACCGGCUCAAGACGCGAUCGUUUCGACCGGUUUUCUUCAACGAUUGCUCAACAUCUUGGCUGAUGAUAAAACAAACGAGAGUUUACAACUAAAGUUACUGGGAGCGAUCUCGGGAGCCGUCCGUUCAAAUGUUUCAGCUUUCAACUCCUUCCUCUCCUCAAAUGGCUCGACAACUUUUUCAACUUUGAUCUCCGCGCAAAAUGUUUCGCUACGAGUUGCAGCGAAAGCCGCUCGCAUUUUAACAUCAAUUGCUUUUACAUUAAUGGAUAAUGGUGCAUCGAAGGUUUUGAAUAACGAUAUAACGAGGAAUUACAUCAUAUUAAUUGAAAAAGAUAUGGCUGGCGAGGCCUCUUCUGAACUUGAUUACAUCAGAGAAUAUCUUUUGCAAUUUGUCGAGUGGGAAGAUUUGGAUGAAGGGACAAAGGAUCAACUUGUGAAGACUUUUAAAGCCGAACUCAACGUUCCCGCGGUACAUCAGGAUGAGUUUUCGGCGCUUAGACGUUUGAUUCAAAAAUUCUCUCAACAUAAAUGUGGA